AUGGCGUCCCGCCUCAUCUACCUUACCCGACUCGCACGUCCAUACAUGCGCGCUCAUCCACAACCAUCCUUCCUCCAAGCACCCUCUCUCCUCUCCCUACGACACCAACGCCACGCCUCCAACAACUCCAACUCCAACCCCAACCCCAACCCCAACCUCAACCCCUUCCAAUUCACACCAUCCCCGCCGCGCCUACCACCCGACCAACAAGCCGAAUUCGAACGACUCCAGCGCACAGCCAACACGCAAGAAGGCUUCAACCCGACCUCAUCCCCGGACUUCAGCUCACCCAUCGCUUCCGAUCCCUCUACCACAGCAGCAGUAGCAGCAGCAGCAGCAGCAGCGCCAGCCGUCGAAGACGACCUCCCAUCGGUCCCGCUGCGAAAAGGCGCCCCGCCCGAAUUCGAAGGCGACGUCAACCCCAAGACGGGUGAGGUCGGCGGCCCCAAGAACGAGCCCCUGCGCUGGGGACCCGCGGGCGAUUAUAGCUUCAACGGGCGGGUUACGGAUUUCUAG